UUUUUUUGUUACUCAAAGAUGAAUGAGUUCUCAUUUCAAGAGGUUCAUUUGGCAGCAGCUACUUUGUCUCAUGGACUCCCUGGAGGAUGGGAAUCACACUGCUGUGACGGAGUUCAUCUUACUGGGCUUAACAGAUGAUCCGGUUCUCCGAGUCAUCCUCUUCAUGAUCAUCCUAUGCAUCUACCUGGUGACCAUAUCUGGGAAUCUGAGUACAAUAAUUCUUAUCAGAAUCUCUUCUCAGCUCCAUCAUCCUAUGUACUUUUUUCUGAGUCACUUGGCUUUUGCUGACAUGGUCUAUUCAUCUUCUGUCACACCCAACAUGCUUGUAAACUUCCUGGUGGAGAGAAAUACAAUCUCUUACCUUGGAUGUGCUAUCCAGCUUAGUUCAGCAUUUUUCUUUGGGACAGUCGAAUGCUUCCUUCUUGCUGCCAUGGCCUUUGAUCGCUUUGUGGCAAUCUGCAGCCCACUGCUUUAUUCAACCAAAAUGUCCACACAAGUCUGUGUCCAGCUACUCAUAGUGGCUUAUAUCGGUGGCUUUCUUAAUGCUUCCUCCUCUACCUUUUCCUUCCUUUCUUUAUUCUUCUGUGGACCAAAUCAAGUCAAUCAUUUUUUCUGUGAUUUUACUCCUUUACUUGAACUCUCCUGUUCUGAUACCAAUAUCCCUGCAGUCAUUCCCUCAUUUUCUGCUGGCUCCAUCAUUGUGGUCACUGUGUGUGUCAUAGCCGUCUCCUACAUCUACAUCCUCAUCACCAUCCUGAAGUUGCGUUCCACUGAGGGGCGCCAUAAAGCCUUCUCUACCUGCACCUCCCACCUCACAGCGGUCACUCUCUUCUAUGGGACCAUUACCUUCAUUUACGUGAUGCCCAAGUCCAGCUACUCAACUGACCAGAACAAAGUGGUGUCUGUGUUCUACAUGGUGGUGAUUCCCAUGGUGAACCCCCUGAUCUACAGCCUCAGGAACAAGGAGAUUAAAGGGGCUCUGAGGAGAGAGCUUAAAAAUAUUUUCUAGCGAUGUCUGUUCUUUUUAUAAUGGUUGACACAGUAAUGUUCCAUAAAUAAAAUAACAAAAGAAAUUGAAUGUCUGAAAUAUAGCUAGUCAUAUAUUAUGACCAGCAUGGAGCUUUUGUUAGUAGUGAGUGAAUUUUCAGCUACCAACUAGUAAAUCAGAGGCACAUAUUAAAUUACCUCUAUAAAAUUAAGUUAAAUUUUAAUUUAAAAAUCAAGUGUUUUUAUAUUUAAAAAAUAUACAAUCUAUUGAAAAUUCUUUUUAAGUUAUAUUUUUUGAAAGAAGUUAUCUGCUGUAAUAUGACUUGAAGACAUAUGAACUAAAGAGACAAGUCAUCUGCUCCCUACACACCUAACAGAUACUGUUGAUACAGGGGUAAGAAAACUUUAGUAAACACUUUUAUUUAUAAAUGGGGAAUACAGGAGUCACAUAGCAAUCACUAUCCCAUAACAUUUACAAAAUUCAACUGGAUACAAAUUGCUAUUUUCUUGAUCAUGGCCCAGACAUGCUCCCUGUUAAUAGGUUCUUUCUCUCUUGGCUCUGCCCUCUGGGCUUUUGGUUCUAUCCUCCGAAUCAUCCUUCCUUUUCCACAAAGUAAAAUAAAAUAUAUUAUAGCUGAAUAGUCUGGAUAAUUGAAGAGAAUUUAAUAGAGACUAUAAAAUUGUGGGCAGAGUUUAGGAAAAACUUCAAAGGUAAUGCCAUACCUCCGGGAUCGUGAUCUGCUGAAAACCUGGAGGGCAAAAGGUGCGGGCAGUUACUAGAACCUGGAGAGCUGUAAUGAGAGGACUACCUGUCAGGAGCUGUGGCAUUUGGUGGAAGGUCACAGACAACCCAGGUGACCCAGAAGCAGAAGAGUCAGAGAAGUACCUAAGCCUCUGUCUCCUCUGCCAGUGUCUCCCAGAAAUCAGAGACAAGGGAGUCUGUUGAUGCAGUCCACAUAGGUCAGUCUCUUGGGAUUAUAUCAAGGUGGAAAUGGGUAGAACACUGUGGGCUUCUCCAACCACAGUCGAAUGAAAGUAGAAAUUAAUUCAAGAGGAAUUUUGGAAACUAUACAAAUACAUGGAAAUUAAGCAAUAUGCUUCUGAGUAACCAGUGGAUCAAUGAAGAAAUUAAGAAAGAAUUUGAGAAAUUUCUUGAAACAAAUGAUAAUGGAAACACAACACAUCAAAAUAUAUGAGAUAUAGCAAAAGUACUAUUAAGAAGGAAGUUUAUGGCUAUAAGUGCCUACAGCAAAAAAGAGAAAAAAACUUCAAAUAAACAAUCUAGCAAUGAAUCUUAAAGAACUAGAAAAGGAAGAGCAAACCCAAUGGUAAAUUAGCAGAAGAAAAGAAAUAAUAAUAAUUAAAACAGAAAUAAAUGAAAUAGAAAUGAAGAAAACACCACAAAAGAUCAAUGAAAUGAAAAGCUUGUUUUCUGUUUUUUUUUUUGUUAUUGCAUUUUAGGUUUUGGGGUACAUGUGAAGAACAUGCAAGAUAGUUGCAUAGGUACACAUGUGGCAGUGUGAUUUGCUGCCUUCCUCCCCUUCACCUAUAUCUGGCAUUUCUCUCCAUGCUAUCUCUCCCCAACUCCCCACUCCCCGCUGUUCUUCCCCUAUUCCCCCCAACAGACCCCAGUGUGUAGUGCUCCCCUCCCUGUGUCCAUGUGUUCUCAUUGUCCAACACCCGCCUAUGAGUGAGAACAUGCGGUAUUUCAUUUUUGAAAAGUUUGUUUUUUGAAAAGUUAACUGCAGCCUCAACCUCCUGGCUUCCAGUGAUCCUCCUGUCUCAGCCUCCUGAGUAGCUGGGACUACAGGCAUACAUCACCAUACUGGGCUGAUUUUUAAAUUUUUUGUAGAGAUGAGGUUUUACCAUGUUGUCCAGGCAGGUCUCAAACUCCUGGUCUCGAGCAAUUUGCCCACCCUGGCCUCCUAAUAUUUCUUUUAAUAGGUACAAUGUCUCACUCUGUCACCCAGGCUGGGGUGCAGUGGUAUGGUCAUAGCUCACUGCAGCUUUGACCUCCAGGGCUCAAGUGAUCUUCCUGCUUCAGCUUCUCAAGUAGCUGGGACCACAGGUGUGCAUGACUAACACACACCAAACCAUGCCUGACUAACAAAAUGUGAUACUCCAUACAAUGGAAUAUUAGUCAACCUUUAAAAGAAUAAAAUUCUGAUGCAUGUUACAAAAUGGAUGAACCCUAAGAGCAUUAUGUUAAGUCAAAGAAGCCAGUCACAAAAGACCACAUGUUAUAAGAUCCCAUUCAUAUAAAAUGUCCAGAAUAGGAAAAUCCAUAAGCUUGGGAAGAUUCAUGUUUGCCAGGGGCUGGCAGGAGGUUGGAGUUGAAAGACGGGAAAUGACUGCUAAUGGAUACAGGGCUUUUUGGAGUGACACAAAUAUUCUUAAAUUACAUAGUGGCGGUGAUUGCACAAGUGUGAAUAAACUAAGUACCACUGAAUUAUAUAAAAGGCAAAAAAAAAGAAAGAAAAAAAAUGUGGUACAUAUACACAAUGGAGUACUAUUCAGCCACAGAAAAGAAUGAGAUGCUGUCAUUUGCAACAACAUGAAUAGAACUGGAGAUCACUGUUAAGUGAAAUUAUCCAGGCACAGAAAGAGGAAACAUUGCAAGUUCUCACUUGCUUGUGGGAGUUAAAAAUCGAAACGAUUGAACUCAUGGAGAUAGAGAAUAGAAGGAUGAUUACCAGAGGCUGGGAGGAGUAGUGGAGGGCUGGUGGGGGAGGUGGGGAUGGUUAAUGGGUACAAAGAAAGGAUGAAUAAGACAUAUUAUUUAAUGGCACAAAAGGGUGACUAUAGUCAAUGAUAACUUAAUUGUACAUUUUAAAAUAAUGAGUGCAAUUGGAUUGUUUGUAACACAAAAGAUAUAUGCUUGAGGGAAUGGAUACCCAAUUCUCCAUAUAAUUAUUUCUCAUGUAGUCUGUAAAUAUAUGCACUUACUAUUUACCCCACAAAAUUAAAAAAUUAAAAAUAAACUAUUCUCCAAUGUA